UAUUUCUGUACUUUGUCUACAAUUGAUUUUAAUUAAAAUUAAUUGCUGUUCCAUUUGUCAAGAAUAAGUUUGCGUACAGCACUUAAUUAAGUUGCGCGUCAGUGCCUGAAUAACCCUAACGUAGACGUAUUUUGACUUGGUUUACAUGCAGCUCCAUCUAUAACAACUUUGAAGGAAUUUGAAUACGAGAGGACUUCAUCAUGUGCCUGCCCAAGCGAGUCAGCGGAAGCGCCAUCCAAAGCGUGGCCACAGCCGUGGGUAAUUUGCUUUGCUUCAACUUUGGCAUUCUCUUUGGUAUUACACCCGCUCACAUGAGUCUAUAUGAAUCGGAUCAACGAACACCCCUUAACACAGUCACAGAUCCAACAGGAACUGCUCUGUUAACUGGUUAUCUCUUUCUAAGCGCUGCAGUUGGAGCUGCCGUGUCCGGCUGUCUGGCUCUUCGCAUUGGCCCCAAGUCUGUACUACUCUGCAGCGGACUGCUCCAAAUAUUCAGCUGGUUCACCAUACACUUUGGUUUCGAUAUCGUGCACAUCUAUGCCUCGCGUAUGUUUGGAGGCGUGGCAGCUGGUGCUGCACUCGUAGUGCUACCCAUUUUCAUCAAUGAAAUAGCGGACACUCGAGAGAAGGCUGCUCGUUUGACAUUUACAAUGGAACUAUGGCGUACUUUGGGCAUCCUUCUUGGCUUUGUGCUCGGUUUCUAUUUACCCUAUGAUUAUGUCAAUGUUGUCGGCUGCCUGUUAUCCUGUGUGUUCUCUCUGUGCUUUCCGUUCGUGCAGGAGAGUCCGCAUUACUACAUGCGUAAAGGUAAUCUACAGGCUUUAGAGAAGUCCCUUCGCUGGUAUCGAGGCAUACGAGACAUAGAUGAUCGCGAGAAACCCGAAUACCUACAGGAACUAGCCGAAUUUAAGGCAGAGAUGAAAGGAGAGGGCAAGGGCAUUGGCUCAGAGCACUACUCGCGCAGCUAUAUCAUCCGUCUGAUCGGUGUUAGUUUCCUACUAACAAUCUGUGCCAAGUUGAGCGGCGUCUUCGUGGAGCUGAACUAUGCCGCCGACUUUCUUGGUCGCACUGGCUAUACGAUUGAGAUGAACUAUGUUGUGCUCUCCAUAUCGCAGUGUGUGGGUGCCUGCUUUGCUCGACUCGUCGGCCCUAAAAUGCCUCGCAAGGUACUGCUGUGUCUCUCCUCGCUGCUUGCUGCUCUUCCAGUCAUCGCUUUGGCCUUUUUCAAGCAAUUCCAUGAGAGCUGGGCUCUGGGCAUUUGGUGUGAACGUUAUUUGCCCAUAAUCUUGCUUGCUACUCAGCUAUUCUUUGUCAGCUUUGGGCUCUAUCCUCUGGCCGCUGUCGUCAGCAGCGAAGUGCUGCCCACAAAGCUGCAUGACUUGCUCUAUUCACUGGCAUCGGGCGUUGCCUGGUUGCUGCUCUUUGGCAUGAUUGAGGCUUUCAAUGCGGUUAAGUCGCCGAUUGGACCUGGUCUGGUGCUCUAUCUCUGGGUGUUUGCAGCCGCCUCCAUAUUCGUGGGCCUCAUUUCGUUGCCUCUAUUGCCGGAGACACGCAACCGCCGUCCGUCAUCCGUGCAAAGGGAACUGGGCUAUGUGGGCCAAGAGGGCGUAGCCAAGGUGGCAAGCGCCAUCAAUGGACACAUUUCAUCGAGCAUCUGAACAAUAAAAUUACAAUUAAGCUAAAUAUAAGUAAAGCACAAGUUAAA